UGCCCUUGGCAAGCGAGCACCGCACCAUCUCUCGCCGUAUUCGACUCCUCCACCGCCCGCCCCCUGGAUUGGGAGCCAAGAAAAGCAGACCAUUGUUUCAAAAAAGAAAAAGAAAAGCAGACCAUAGAUCCUCGGAAACCAGCGCCUCCGAUCCAUUCCGCCUCUGCCGCUUGCUCCCCCGCCGCAGCCCUGCACCCGGAGGCUGCCUGCUUCUCCUGCCCAGCGCUCCCGCAAGUCGCAGCCAAGAAAUGGCUCGACCUGAGGAGAACGCGAAAUUCCCCAGCUGUGAUGCCUACUUUGACACUAUCCAGUCCAAGAAGAAGCUCCCACUAGCUUUGCAGGAAUCCCUGACCGCCGCCUUUGCUCAGAUCCCAGUCGCAUCGUUUCCUGAUGUUCCUAGUGGCCGAGUGACUGAAAUUCCUGGAGAAACUUCCGUUCUUGAUGCUGUUAGAAUUUUAUCUGAGCACAACAUAAGGGCAGCGCCAGUGCUUAACCCUGAACCUGGGGCUCCAGCUGAUUGGCAAGGGAGGUAUCUUGGCAUCAUCGAGUACUCAGCCAUCAUCCUUUGGGUACUAGAUAAUGCUGAUCUCGCGGCCGUAGCUCUGUCAGCUGGAUCAGCAACUGCUGCAGGAGUUGGAAUGGGUGCUGUUGGUGCAGUGGGCGUGGCAGCAUUAGGUGUAACCGGCCCGGCAGCUGUCGCUGGAUUGACUGCUGCUGCAGUAGGGGCUGCUGUUGCUGGCGGGUUAACUGCUGAAAAGGGUGUUGCGAAGGAUGGAGUUACUGCUGCUGAUCAUUUAGGGGAAGAUUUCUACAAAGUUCUGCUUCAGCAAGAACCUUUCAAAUCGACUACAGUUCGGUCAAUUGUUGAGUCCUACCCAUGGUCUCCUUUUGUGCCUGUUACACUUGACAGUUCAAUGCUUGCCGUACUACUGUUGCUCUCCAAGUACAGGUUGAGGAAUGUGCCUGUGAUCGAACCUGAUAAGCCAGUUAUUAAGAACUUCAUUACUCAGACUGGUGUUGUUAAAGGACUUCAGCAGUGUAAAGGAAGGGAUUGGUUCGACUAUAUUUCGGCACUUCCUCUUUCAGACUUGGGGCUUCCAUUCAUGUCUCUUGAUGAGGUUAUUACGGUUAACAGUGAUGAUCUAAUCUUAGAAGCUUUCAAGUGCAUGAAGGAUAACAAAAUUGGCGGUGUACCCGUAGUAGAAGGUCCCCGAAGGAAACUUGUUGGUAGUGUGAGCAUAAGGGACAUUCGCUUCCUGUUGCUUAGGCCUGACUUAUUUUCUGAUUUCAGGCACCUUACCGUGUUGGAUUUCAUGAAGGCUCUAGGUUCCACUCUUCCUGACUCGGGGGACAAUGGGCUGGUGAAGCCGCCACUCACCUGUGCACCUGAUGCUUCCAUGGGCAGCGUGAUCGACAGCAUCGGGUCGAGGAUAACCCACCGGAUAUACGUGGUGGAUGGCGACUUUGAGGUGGUCGGUGUUGUGACACUCCGAGAUGUGAUCUCUUGCUUCAUCCACGAGCCCCCUGGCUUCUGCGACAGUUAUCUUGCUUCAGCGAUGGAGAAGCUCGAGGACAAGGGCGAUGCCGAUUCCUCCGUUGAGAACAGCUGAGCUCUCGGGAGCGCAAGACGGUGGAAAUAACAGACAGGGUUAGUGAGCAAGUCUUGUAGUUGGGCUGAUUCGUUCAUGUUGUGGUGUUGAUACAGUAAAUUCUGUGUGGGGUGACAACACAUUUCAGUGCCUCUGUUGGUGUGCUUUAGUCUGUCAACUGUGCGUUGCUGAGUUGGCUGAUCCGCACCUGUUUCCUGAUGCAAACACUGCAGUGGCGAUUCUGUGAUGUGUAAAAGGGUUAACGAACCAAUGAUUACCCAAUCUCAGUCGUCAUGUGUACCUCUGUAUCCUCCUCGAUCAAUCAAUCGAUUAGUCUGAUGUA